CACAACAGUUCAGGCAUCACUGAUGUUGGUUAAAAAAGAAAUCAAAGAAACAACAAAGCUUAAUGGCAAUUAAUUUAUUAUUAGAAAGCCUACAGAAGUGUUCUGCUAUUUGGAAUAAUCGAUAAGAAAAACAAGGAUUGUUUGUUUGAUAUGAUUUGUGUAUAAAAUCGGUUACUUUUCAUAAAUUCUGGAGAAAUAUCAAAUUGAAUGUGAAAUAGAAAAUUCAAGAACAAAAAUGAAGUGGUCUAUUUUAUUGUUAAUGGUGGAACUUAUUUCAAGGAUUAAAGGUUCCAUGGAGACAACAGUUAGCGUUCAAAGUCGUCUGCUCCAAAAUAUAUUUCGUAACUAUGACAAGAGAAUUCUUCCCCAGAUAAACGACAGUAUUCCUGUUAGUCUCUCAAUCGGAAUACGUCUUAUUGACCUCGUUGACCUCUUUGAACAUGAAGAGAUUAUGGAAACCAGCGUGUAUAUUGAACAACUGUGGACUGACUUCCGGUUGAGCUGGGAUCCAUCUCGUUAUAACCGUAUACACGUGAUCAACGUUCCUGUAAAAGAAUUGUGGCAGCCUGAUAUCUCGUUAUUUAACAAUGCAGAGGUUCAGCUAGAGACUAUGGACACGCUGGCUAUAGUAUUUAAUAAUGGUCAGGUAUUUUACUCACCUAAAGCACGCAUCAGAACACGUUGUACAAUGGAUAUGAUGAAGUUUCCAUAUGACGAACAAACGUGUUCUAUAAAAUUUGGUUCAUAUACAUACGACGGUUAUAAAAUAAAUCUAACAAUGUACCACGAAAACAUAAGUUUUGACUUGUCCGAGUAUUCGGAGAGUAAAGAAUGGCAACUUACAGCGUCCCCUGCAACUGUUAUCACUAAAACAUACGCCUGCUGUCCAGAGCCGUACCAGCAUAUACAGUUUAACCUCAGUCUUAAGCGUAAGACAGUGUAUUACACGCACGUGUUUGUAUUACCAGCGGUAAUUAUUGCCAUUCUAGUACCAUUCCACUUCCUGUUACCGCCAGACUGCCGGGAACGACUAACAAUCGGGUCUACGUUGAUUUUAGGAAUAAUCAUUUUGAUUGCCAUGAUCCAGAACUUCUUACCGGAAGCUCAUCCAACCCUACCUUACCUAGUGCAAUAUUACUGUCUGACGAUGGUAUGGAUUGCAGUUUCUAUGAUUCUAUCUAUUUGGGCUGUAACCACACAAAGUAGAGGACCGAGAAAACGAAAAGUGCCAGUAAUAGUUAGACAGUUAUUUUUAAAGACGUUGAAAAAGCUGGUAUGUGUGACAGAGGACAGUUAUCAUCCACUAGAUGACACUGAGACAAUUUCAUUUAAAGGCAUUGAAAGACAGAGUGUUGUACCAAAUACACCUGAUAUUAAACAUGGUGAUAACAAACUUGAAAGAGAUGUUGAGGAGAUUUUAAAGCAAGUGAACGUCCUUGCCGUGAGAAGUUUGAUAGCUGAAUCUCACGGAAACGUGAGAACAGAGUGGUACCAGGUUGUUCUGGUUUUUGACAGAAUUAUGUUUGUUCUUUUUCUUCUGAUAUUUGUUGUAUACAGUUGUGUCUUGCUGGGCUAAAGCUCUUGUAUAUAGAGGGACUUGAAAAUAUGAUAAAAUGUUGAAGAACGAUUAUGAAAUAGGAACAUUCUGUAUGUAUUAAUAAAAAUUAGUGUUUAAAUUUGAUUAAUUCCCUGGCGUCCCAGGAAAUCAAUUCAAAAACAUUUACAAUUAUUUAAAAAGGGUGCUAUAUAGACAGCAACGAAAACCAAAAUCACUGUGGAAUAUGUGGAAAGUUACGCGCAUGCAUACUUCACCAUGUUAAAGUAAAAAAUGAAAAAAGCUACGCAUAUUGUAUAAUGACUGUGCAUUAUUUAUAUACACAAAAUACAGCAGAACACUUAAUAUUUAUUUUUACGUAAGCAUAUGCAGCUUUUAAUCAAUCAUGAAAAUUCACAUAUGUGAGGUAUAUUGAUUAUAUUUUUUUCAAAAAUCUCAAAUCAUGCCACUUAACCAAAAACAAGGAUAUGUUAGCACAUAAAGUAUAUGUUUAGUGUCAAGUUAGUCAAAAGUUAUCCAGCAAUAGAUGUUAAUUUUGAUGUCAAUUUUUAUUUUACAAUGAAAAAAGAAACUAUAUUUGAUACAUUAUAUAUUAGAAAAGUAACGUUAUAAAUUAUUCUGUUCGUUUAAAAAAGAAUUGAUUACAGAUUAAAGUGAUAUUGUUUGGAUGUAUAUACAUUUUUUAAGACUCGUAAAGUUCAAAAAAGUAUAUUCUAUAGUCUGACAGUUGUAUGACUCUUUCCCUGUUAACAUUUCUGAUUUUGUUAAAGGAAUAAAAUCAUUCUUAAAUUAUCACAACCAUUUUUGUCAUGUUUUCAAUAUAUGUUUAUUUUUCAUUAUCAUUUCAAAAGAUAAAACACAGUUCUGUUAUGUCACAUGAUACUCCAAAAUGAAUAAACCUCUGUGAAUCAACA